AUGGCUUCUCAAAGGGAUGAGCGUGAGAUGAAAGCGCCUGCCGAAGAUAAGAAAAGGGAUCUGGCGGUGUCUGUUUCUACGUGUCCGGACAAGGAUGGUGCAGAGGAGAGGCGAACGGACAAGCUAGAGCAGGUGAAGGAGUGGAAGAAGCGCUGGCGAAGGAACUGGCCAAAGGAGGCAGAGAAGUUGGUUGAUCUGUUAGAAAAGUUUAUGUCACUGAAUGUAUACUGGAUGAGUCACUGGACUAUCUCCGGUUACAUAGGACCUCGCAUUUUUAUGUUAGACCUGAAAUUGCACCGUCAGGCAACGAUCGUGACGGCGCUAAUGUUAAUCCAGACGCUUAAGGUGGCACAGACCAAUCGCAGAAGCGGCAGGAAGAUUGAUCAUUGCCAGUUAUAUGAGGCCUCGGAUUUGAAUCUUAGACCAGGAAAUUCGACUUCAGGCAACGGUCGUAACGGAGUUACCGCUAGUAACAACUAUGCAGUUCGUAUCGUGAACCAAGUUGAGCGUGUCAUGGAUCGUGUGGACUGUAUCCUCGAGCGUAUGGGGGGGGGUGCGAAUAAUAACGGAGCGGCUACUGUAAGCGUUACAGUUACUGAAGGAGAUACGGAUGUGGAAGACGAUACGGAUAGUGAAGGAUAUACGGAUAGUGAAGAAGAUACGGAUGUGGAAGACGAUAUGGAUAGUGAAGGAUAUAGCCAUUCUAUCGGUGUUUCCAUCGGUAGUUCCAGCGGUGGUCUCAUCGGCGUUAUGAUCUUCGGUAUCAUCGGUGGUAUCAUCUUUGGUCUCAUCUGUGGUAUCAUCUUUGGUCUCAUCUGUGGCUUCAUUGGUGGUAUCAUCGGUAAUCUCGUGUAUGGUUUCCGGCAUUUCACCUGUCGUAUAGAGCCUAUCGUCGAUCGUACGGAGUGUAUCCUGGAUCGUAUCGAUGGUGUGGAGCGUGGGCAUAGUAACGAAGCAGGCAGUAACGAUUCAAACUGUAAAGGCGAUAAGGAUACUAGAGGCCAUAGCGGUCGUACCGGUCUUAUCCGUCGUAUGGUUCGUAUACGCUAUCGUAUUGAGUGUAUCGCUGACCGUAUCAGUAUUAUGGAGCGUAGGCAUGCUGACGAAGGAGGCAGUAACGAGGUCGGCGGUCUCUUUGGUAUAAUCACUCGUAUCAUGGUUCGUAUCAACUAUGUUAUCAUCCGUAGGCGUAGUCGCGAAGGGGAUAGUAAAUGUGAUCCUGAUUGUAGAGGCGUCAUGGAUGGUCAAGGCGAAAGGGGUAAUGAAGGUGAAGUGAAUAGUGAAGGCGCCACGAAUGGUGAACGGGAUAACAAUAUUGGAGGAGCUACCGAUAGUCAAGGCGGUACAGCAGGUAAAACGGAUAUCGGUCGUUUCAUCAGUCGUAUCGUCGAUCGUGUGCGUCGUAAAGAUAAGGGUAGUGAAGGCGGAAAUGGUCAUCAGGACGUUCGCCAUGGUAAGGAUCAGUUUUUGCCUCAAGUCGCAUGA